AAAGAGAGGAGGGGAGGGAGGGGGGGAGAAUAGAGUAUUUUGUUAUUGUCCAAUCAGAGGGUGACAGUAUGUAUAUAUCUAUAUUGUAUAUAUGUGAUGAAAAUGCGUUGGCUUUUUGUGUGACACUACCUUUUACCUGUACUAUGGUUCUACAUUCAGUGUUUCAGUGUUGAUAAUAUAUAUUUGGUUUGUGUUUUGUGUUUUGUUUCUCAGUUUUUUUUUUUUUGAUUAUGUCUUCGUCAUUUCUUGUAAUUUUGUUUUUUUUUUCCUAUUUGUCUUUUGUUUUUGUUUGUUCUGUUUUGUUUAUUGCACGGUUUAUUACUUUCGUUGUCCAAUGAGGUGACACAGCUACUCUUUGUAUUCGUUUAGUGCUGUAAAAUAACUCAAGUGUUAUUAGAAUUGUCGAUACCACCGCCCACCCCACCCCCUUCCCCAAUAUGCAUGAAUGGCACUUAAAGAAAUAAAAUAUGGUAACUUCACUGUGGAAUCAUGUGGUGUUUGAGAUUUUUUCUCUAAGGAUGUAUUCUCCUGUCGUACACGGUCAGGCAUAACAUCAUGACCACUUACAGGUGGAGUGAAUAUCUCUUCAUCACAGAACCUGUCAGUGGGUUAUGACCAGUACAACAUUUUAUUCCCAAAGUUCGUGUGGUAGAAGCAGGAAAAAUGGUGAAGUGUAUUCUCUGAACACCGUGUGGCUUCCUGUCAAAAAGCAAAAAUGUUUCAGGGGUGGUUCGAGAAGCACAACAACAACUUUAAGGUUUUGACUGGUAAUUCCCCUGAUCUCAAUCCAAUAUACUGAUACUAACAAGUAUAGUAGUGAUUCAUGAUACAUGGGAAAUUGUUAAUAAAUCACAGGGAUAAAUAAAGCCAGUAUUAAUUGUAGAACAGCUUAGUGGGAUUACAGUUGGCUCAUGAAGUUCAUGUUUAAGAAUAGACGGGAGCAUCUAGGUAGAAUAAUAUGUCAGCAAUGAUAGCAGUUACACACCCAUCAGGCUUAACAUUGUGACCAUCUUCCAAAAUGCAAAUUGCAGGUUUGGUACUUGCUCGGGGCACACUGCAAAACAUGAAGCAAAAAAUCCUUGUGUCAAAGAAAUACAUCUUGUAUUUUGUUCAGAGACAAGACCUUGGUGCUUAUUUUAAGAAGUUUUGUCAAAGCAAAAACCUUAAUAUAAGAUGAUUUGAUUGAAUAUAAGAAUACUUUGCUUCUUUCUAGUAAUGUUGUUUUUGCAGUGCCCCACAACCAUGGGCAGGGCAGGUGGUGAACCUGGGACCCUUCGGCCCAAAAACGAGAUGCAGAAUCUCAUUCACCUCCCUCUCACUCCUGUUUUUUCCCCCACCUGUCACCUCCCCUAUGGAGGGAUUAGAAGUAGGGCUAGGUAUAUUUAUUGAGAUCCCAUUAUGUACAUCCAUUUGCAUUUGUAUUUUUCCAUGUGUUUUAGUUGUUUUGUAAUAGUUUGAGCCCUGUGAUAUUGAUAUUGGUGUGCACUGCAAACAGCUUAUUUAAGAGACCUGUUGAGAUGGUCUGUAUAAAACUGAUGAAUGAAGGUGUAAAGUGUUGUCGUGAUAAAGCGAAUAUUUUUCCUUCUGCAUCUAUGGUGUGUGGCGAAACUUUUUUCUCACAUUUUUAUGGUUUCGCCUGCACCAACAGUAAGAAAAACUGAGCUGUGCAGGGCACUCCAAUUUUUUACACAUUUGAUUGUGUAGGUCUUCCUUUCUGUAGCAGCAACAAAAGACAUCCAUGUAUAUUUACUCAGAACCAGUCAUACAUUGUGUAGCUUCACACAACUUCACUUUUCAGAAAGUACUCAGUGACAGAGGACUAGGUGUGCAGCCUUACCAAAGAAAUCCACGUGACCAGAUCUCAGAAGGUUCCCACAACCCUCCGAGCUGCCUUCUAAUGUUUCCAAGUGGUUGUGUGUUAAGUAUGUCCGUGCUGACACCACACAUGAGCCUCCCCACUGUGGGAUAUUCUUUUUCAACACGAGCACCAGAGUCACUCAGACUUAGAAUGAAAGGACUCUGACAACAUGGACAAGUUUAAAGCUUUCUUUUUGUUGCUGCUGACCCUGACCCUGAAUGUCCAGCUAUCCUCAUCAGCACCGAUGUUUGGUGCAUUUGCUGAAGAACCAAGUCUAGAGGGACUCACAUCAGUAGAGGAAGAAGAAUCUGAAGAGAAACACAUUCCAGUUGUUCCAGAGGAAACAGCUCUAUCUCGUGAGAAACAACCUGCCGAAGAAGUCAUUCCAGUUACGGACAAAGAACCAGAACCUGCUCCUAUAGAAGCUGUCUCUGAAGAGGCAUCUCCAGAUAUAAGUACAGCAGAGGUUACCGCAGCAACUCCUCCAGAGACCGAAUCUCCAGAAGAGCACAAUGAGGAGGAGUCAGCUCCAGAAAUUCCACCAAUCUCAGUCAUUCCUUUAGAAGCUUCAGAGGAUGAGGCUCCAGAGAACGGUGCAGAAGCUGAACUUCUUCCUAUUACACCAAAAAAAGAGACUUCUGUCAUCCCUGCAGAACCUCAGACAGGAGAGGCAGCUGAAAUACAGCAGCCAGAUCCAGAAGAACAAAAAGAUACAAUCGCUGUUAUUUCUGCAGACACCAACGAAGAGGAAGAGGAACAUAUAACAGAAGAAGAACCAGUUGGUGGUGAAGGUGAAGAUCUAGGAGAAACACCACCCGAACAUCCUGCUGUGGAGGAUUUAGUCCCUAUUAUUCCUACCAUGGCUUCAGAAGAUGACGUCCCCGAGGACAACAAAGGGACUCCAGAAGGAAACACUGAAGAAGACUCUGCUACUGGAGAAGGAAGUCUUCCAAGUACACCAGAAGAUGAAGACUCUCUUGUCCCAGUUCCUGUAGAACAUGAGGCAGAAGGUGAAGGUCAGGAAAUAACAGGACCACAAGAACCUCCUGUGGACGUCUCGGCUCCAGAAGCAACAAUCCCUAUUGUUCCUGGUGAGGCUUCAGAAGAUGAAGCUUCAGAGGACAAUGCAGAUGCUCCAGAGUUAAUAUUACUGACAGACCCUGAGGACAACACAGAAGGUGAACAUCUUCCUAGUACACCAGAAAAAGAGACUUCUGUCAUCCCUGCAGAACCUCAGACAGGAGAGGGAGCUGAAAUACAGCAGUCAGAUCCAGAAGAACAAAAAGAAACAAUCCCUGUUAUUUCUGCAGACACCAACGAAGAGGAAGAGGAACUAACAGAAGACGAAGCAGUUGGUGGUGAAGUGGCAGAGGAAAACACUGAAGAGGACCCUACUACUGGAGAAAGUCUUCCAAGUCUUCCAAGUACACCAGAAGACGAAAACUUUUUUGUCCCAGUUCCUGUAGAACAUGAGGCAGAAGGUGAAGGUCAGGAAAUAACAGGACCACAAGAACCUCCUGCGGACGUCUCAGCUCCAGAAGCAACAAUCCCUAUUGUUCCUGAUGAGGCUUCACAAGAUGAAGCUUCAGAGGACAAUGCAGAUGCUCCAGAGUUAAUAUUACUGACAGACCCUGAGGACAACACAGAAGGUGAACAUCUUCCUAGUACACCAGAAAAAGAGACUUCAAUCAUCCCUGUAGAACCUCAGACAGGAGAGGGAGCUGAAAUACAGCAGUCAGAUCCAGAAGAACAAAAAGAAACAAUCCCUGUUAUUUCUGCAGAUACCAACGAAGAGGAAGAGGAACAUAUAACAGAAGACGAAGCAGUUGGUGGUGAAGGUGAAGACCUGGGAGAAACAGCACCCGAACAUCCUGCUGUGGAGGAUUUAGUCCUUAUUAUUCCUGGCAAGACUUCAGAAGAUGAAGCUCCAGAGGACAAUGAAGGUGCUCCAGAAAAGAUGAUAGUGAUAGACCACAAUGCCAAUGCAGGGGAUGAGGUUCCAGAUCAAAUGGGGCCUGUAGAAGAAGAAACAACAGCAGAAGAAUCAGCCCCUGAGGAUUCUGUUAUUCUUCCUGCUACUGAUGAAGAAUGCAAAGAAGAAGAAGCUGCUGCCAUCUUUCCCAUAGAACUUCAGACUGAAGGAGAAGAUGAACUGGAAACUGCUGCAGAGGGAAAAACACUGCAAGAGUCUGUAGAAGAUCUGUUUGUCAUUGAUAUUUCAGAAGAAGAGCCAGUAGCUCCAAAAGAAAACACUGAAGAAGAGGAGCCUGUUACUGGAGAAAAAAGUCAUCCAAGUACACCAGAAGAAGAGGACUCUCUUGUCUCAGUUCCUGUAGAACAUGAGGCAGAAGGUGAAGGUCAGGAAGAAACAGCACCACAAGAACCUCCUGUGGACGUCUCAGCUCUAGAAACCACAAUCACUAUUGUUUCAGAGGAUGAUGCAGAUGCUUCAGAGUUAAUAUUACUGAGAGACCCUGAGGACAACGCAGAAGGUGAACAUCUUCCUACCACACCAAAAGAUGACAUAUCCGUUGUUGUCUUUCCUAUAGAGCUUGAGACAGAAGUAGAAGAUCAAGUAGAAGCUGCUGCAGAGGAAACAACUCCACAAGAAUCAACUGGAGAAGAUCCGGUUGUCGUUGUUCUUACUAAUGAAGAAAAAGAAACCACUGCAACUGCAGCAAGUGCAACAGAAGAUGUUGCUCAGGAGGGACCUGUCCCUGUAGUGGCAGAGGAAAACACUGAAGAGGACCCUACUACUGGAGAAAGUCUUCCAAGUCUUCCAAGUACACCAGAAGACGAAAACUUUUUUGUCCCAGUUCCUGUAGAACAUGAGGCAGAAGGUGAAGGUCAGGAAAUAACAGGACCACAAGAACCUCCUGCGGACGUCUCAGCUCCAGACGCAACAAUCCCCAUUGUUCCUGAUGAGGCUUCACAAGAUGAAGCUUCAGAGGACAAUGCAGAUGCUCCAGAGUUAAUAUUACUGACAGACCCUGAGGACAACACAGAAGGUGAACAUCUUCCUAGUACAACAGAAAAAGAGACUUCCAUCAUCCCUCCAGAACUUCAGACAGGAGAGGCAAGUGAAAUACAGCAGUCAGAUCCAGAAGAACAAAAAGAAACAAUCCCUGUUAUUUCUGCAGACAUCAGUGAAGAGGAAGAGGAACAUAUAAAAGAAGAUGAACCAGUUGGUGGCGAAGGUGAAGAUCUAGGAGAAACAGCACCAGAAGAUCCUAAUGUGGAGGAUUCAGUCCUUAUUAUUCCUUCCAUUACUUCAGAAGAUGAAGCUCCAGAGGACAAUGAAGGUGCUCCGGAAAAGAUGAUAGUGAUAGACCACAAUGGCAAUGCAGAGGAUGAGGUUGCAGAUCAAAUGGGGCCUGUAGAAGAAGAAACAACAGCAGAAGAAUCCCCCCCUAAGGAUUCUGUUGUUAUUUUUCUUCCUACUGAUGAACCCAAAGAAGAAGAAGCUUGUGCCAUCUUUCCCAAAGAGCUUCAGAUUGAAGGAGAAGAUGAAUUGGAAACUGCUGCAGAGGAGUCAACACUGCAAGAAUCUGUAGAAGAUCUGUUUGUCAUUGAUAUUUCAGAAGAAGAGCCAGUAGCUCCAGAAGAAAACACUGAAGAGGACCCUACUACUGGAGAAGAAAGUCAUCCAAGUACACCAGAAGAAGAGGACUCUCUUGUCCCAGUUCCUGUAGAACAUGAGGCAGAAGGUGAAGGUCAGGAAGAAACAGCACCACAAGAACCUCCUGUGGACGUCUCAGCUCCAGAAGCAACAAUCCCUAUUGUUCCUGAAGGGGCUUCAGAAGAUGAAGUUUCAGAGGACAAUGCAGAUGCUUCAGAGUUAAUAUUACUGACAGACCCUGAGGACAACACGGGAGGUGAACAUCUUCCUACUACACCAGAAGAUGACAUAUCUGUUGUUGUCUUUCCAAUAGAGCUUGAGACAGAAGUAGAAGAUCAAGUAGAAGCUGCUGCAGAGGAAACAACACUACAAGAGUCAGCUGGAGAAGAUCUGGUUGUCAUUGUUCUUACUAAUGAAGAACAAGAAACCACUGCAACUGCAGCAAGUGCAUUAGAAAAUGUUGUUCAGGAGAGACCUGUCCCAAAAGCUCCAGAAGAAAACAAUGAAGAGGACCCUGCUAUUGGAGAGGAAAGUACACCAGAGGAAGAAGUCUCCCUUGUCCAAGUUCCUGCAGAACCUGAGACAGAAGGUGAAAGUCAGAAGGAAGCAGCUCCAGAAGACCCGAUCAUCCAGCACAAAGCUGAAGAUUUUAAUGUUGCAGCUACAAUGAAAAAUAAUGAUCCUGUAGGUCCACUGAAUGGAGGAACGAUGCUCGGAGCAGCGCUCUUGACACAGAUGUCUUUAAUCAUUAUUGGAUUUGUUGGGACAAACAUAUAAGACAUUAAGGUGGAUGUGUGAAUGGAUUUAACAAUCACCUAAGAAACCGAAGCACUGUGAAGAAGAAGUUUCAACUAAAACUUUUUUGGCUGAAGCAGUAAAUUCUCACUGUCCAGUUCCUUCAAGGACGGAAGACUGAUCUUUCCAGGAAUCCUCAAAUUAUGGAAAGAUGUGCGAUGUUUCUUGAAUCAGUGUUGGAAGAAGAACAAUUUUAAGAACUUAAAUAAAAAAUAACAAUACCUCAAUGUAAAUAUACUCUAGUGGAAGUCUUGCAUUGACAGCAUAGAAAUAAUUAUUAGCAGCCUAAUGUUGCAUGAAUAGAUUGUAAGUGAGCUCCUCAAACAUAGAAAUUAUGACUUUAUUGUCUGACCAUUUAAGCUGUAACAAACUAUGCAAUGAUAUAUUUUGUAUAAUAUCUAUCUAUCAAAAAUUCGUUGUUGUUUUGUUGAAACUGUUGAAGGUGGUUAAUAAAAGAGUUAAGUACA